UAGACAUUUUUCCCUCGUUGCUGGCAGUAUGUGUCUAGCGCAUCCCUAAAGUUCGCUGUUUGAUGUUAUCCAUGUCAUGCAAAUAGCCUAAACAUAUAGCAGCUGUAGGUUCAGUGCAGUAAUGCAGUGUGUGCUGCUGCUCCAGGUGUGCCUCCUGGGACUUGGCAUGUCCGUGGCCAGUCCUGGUAGGAAGUUUCUGAUGAUGUUUCCCCCGCAUAAUGGCCCAACGGCAAAUAUUAGCCAUCAAGUAACUAUCACAGCGGCUAAUGUUUGGACCUCAGUCACUGUGAAGGUUCUGGAAAGCGGCUUCCUGCAACACAUCUUCCUCUCUGCUCACCAGUCAAAGACUAUUCACCUGCCAUUGUCUGUGGGAAUGACCAGCGAUCGCUCCUCCUACCUCCUCAGAGUGAAGUCUGUAUGGCCUGUUACAGUCGUCACUUCAUUCUGUACCCAGACUGGUUGUGACCAUAGCCUCCUUCAUGAUGUGUCCUCCUGGGGAACCCACUACUAUCCCAUUUCUCCAAACUUUCCUAACCAGAAGGUUGUCAACCAGAUGGUGAUCACCAGCUCUGACCGGGCGACAUCGGUUGAUAUCUUCCUCUCAGGGGAAGUACUCUUUGAAGGCAAUAUGUACCCCAUGGGUAGUGUCCUUAGGUUGAAUAUAGGGGUGCUGCAGAGUGUUUACCUCCAGAGCAACUCCAGCCUCUCUGGCUCUGAGUUAAACUCUCAAGAGGCUGUAGGUGUAGUUGUUGGUUUUACCAGCUCUAAACACACGCCUGGGGAUUGCCUUUAUGGAUUUGCUGAACUGAAACCAGUCACACACUGGGGUUUUGAUUACAUUAUCCCUCCCUUGGUAAACAAAGAAAUUAGUUCCAGUUUCCUGUUGGCAAUGUCUUUUAUCAACUCUGACCUGGACAUCACCGCCAGCACAGAGCGAAAAAAUGUGUCUCUCGUUGGUGGCAUCAUGAAGGCCAUCCCGGUUGUGAACUCGGAUAAAAUCCACAUUACUAGUGGCAGUCCUCUGCAACUUGUUUUCUUCAGAGGUGGCAAUGCACAGAGUCCUUCAACUUUCACAGUACUGCCAUCUGUUGAUGAUAUCUGCCAGACUAUACCUAAGUUCAAUUCAAGUGAUAUGGGCGAGCAGCAAGAUAACAGUACUUACACAGAUUUAAAGUCUGCAGUUAACUUCUCCCAGGAGCCCAACUUUGCUCCGCUGCCUGAUGCAGAGCCCAGUUCUCUUCACACAGACAAGGAUGUAGGAUACUAUCUGAGUACCAUGAACAGACAUCUAUAUCCGGCAGUGUGUGACAAAACCGCAGCUUCUUGUAAAGAGUUGCACUGUGGUCUCAAACAGAAGUGCUCUAUCAAAGAUGGAAAACCACUCUGUUCUUUGGAAACUAAAAUAUGCUCGGCAUGGGGCGACUCUUAUUACCGCAAAUUUGAUGGAAGAGAUUUUGUCCUACAGGGAAACUGUAACUACACUUUAGUUCAGACCACCUGUCCAGGCUUAAAUGCUUCUGUUCCACUACAGAUUACUAUAGCCCGAGCAUAUUUGAACAGUGCCACUGUCUCCACCAUCCACACAGUGCAGAUAAGCAUCCAGGGCUUUAAUAUCUCCAUAGUUAAAGAAGACAAAAAUCAUGUUAGGAUUAAUGGACUGAAGAGGAACCUGCCACUCAGCUUGGGAAAUGGGUCGCUGAACUUUUAUCCAAGUGGCUCCAGCGUCGUUCUGGACACUAACUUCGGCCUGGCUCUGCAGUAUGACUGGAAGCACCAUCUCCAAGUUGAAGUUGGCCAAGAGCUGUAUGGAUCCCUGUGUGGUUUGUGUGGAAAUGCUAAUCACAGCUUCUCAGACAGUGUCAUUGCACCUUAUGGCACAGAUGAGAACCAGACUGUGGAUUUUACCCGCCUAUGGGUGGUGAACAGUGGUGCAGGAUCCUGUAUUGAAGAUUGCGUUGGUGGUAUCUCAUGUCCAGUAUGUACUGAAAGCCAAACCAAAUCAUUUCCUCACACGAAAGGCAACUCCUUCUGGAUUGGGUGCACUCUACUGCAGAAGAGCGGUGGACCUUUUGCAGAUUGCCACUCGUAUAUUGACCCUGACCCAUUUGUUCGUAGUUGCAGGAACAACCUUUGUGUCAAUGAAGCUGCCUCUUCUAUGUGCAUGAUCUUGACUGAGUAUGGCAACAUUUGCCAGAGGAUCUCAGCCAGAGUCCGAAACUGGAGAACCAUCUCAAAGUGCCCUAUGGUAUGUCCUAUGAACAGCCACUAUGAGAUCUGUGGUUCUGCCUGCCCUGCCACCUGCGGUAACCCAGAGGCCCCUACUAAAUGCACCGUGCCCUGUGUGGAAUCAUGCCAAUGCAACAGGGGCUAUUUACUGAGUAGUGGGAAGUGCCUACCACAUAGCAAUUGUGGUUGUCUUCAUCAAGGUUCUUACUAUCACCCCAAGGAGAACUUCUGGAUGGGCGAGCACUGCCAGGAGAAAUGUGUCUGCCAGCCGAGCUCCAAGAGUGUUAUGUGUGCUCAGUCUCAUUGCCAGGAUGGAAAAGUGUGCAAGGUUAUAAAUGGAGUCCUGGGCUGUCACAAUGAUGGGCCUGGGGUGUGCAUAGUCAAAGGAGGUCCUCAUUAUACCACCUUUGAUGGGCGUAACUUUAAUGUGUAUGGCAACUGUACUUACCUUCUCGUUUCUUUCUGUCCCGCCUGGGGGGAGUUGAAAGACUUUAGUGUGGAGGUCCAGAACCAAGAUGCUACAAAUGUUACCUUUCGGCUUGUUAAAAUGGUAGUCUCUGGUUAUUCCAUUGAGAUGUCAAAUGAUGAAAGUAACAGAGUUGUGGUAAAUGGACAGCUACUGCGUCUUCCAUCUGUAUUGAGCUGAGGCAAAGUAAAGCUCUACAUGACUGGACUCUCAAAGUGUAUAGAGACUGACUUUGGUGUUUUUGUAGUGUAUAGCUCUGAUGUCCUGACUGUCCAAAUGCCAAGGAUCUUCUCUGGUAAUCUCUGUGGCCUGUGUGGGAAUUUUAAUUCUAAUCCAGAAGACGAUCUGAUGCCUCACUACUACGAAUCCAAUAUUUCUCAGGCCGUUAAACAAUGGCAAACCAGCACUGAUCGUGACUGCGUAGAUGUGCCAUUGAACACUUCAGGGUGCAAUUCACAAGAUAUGACUCUUUAUGAGGGAAAAUCUUUCUGUGGUAGGUUACUGGACGCUAAUGGCGCAUUCCAGAGCUGCCACAAAACUGUUGAUCCAGAAGAUUUCUACAAGAACUGUGCUCAUGACUUCUGUUAUAGUAGCCAGACUGCCCUGUGUCAGAUUCUGUCCAGCUAUGUUGCUGUGUGUCAAGAAAUGGGAGCUAUAGUGGAUGAAUGGAGGGCUUUCAACUUUUGUAAUCUCUCCUGUCCACCUAACAGUGAAUAUCGCCUAUGCACCAGUCACAUGUCGGACUGUGUAGAAAACCAAAGUCUUGUAGCAGUGAAAUGCAAGGAGGGCUGUUUUUGCAAACCUGGGUUUUUCCAUAGCGGUGGGCAAUGUGUACCCAUCUCGGAGUGUGGCUGCAUUUACAAUGAUGUUUACUAUGAAAUCCAUGAGAACUUCUACCCUGAUGAGCAUUGUCAGGUGCACUGUGUCUGUGUGGGCCACAACAGAGUGCAAUGUACCAACCACACAUGUCCAACUGAAACAAAAUGUGGCAUCAAAGACGGCCAGAGGGCAUGUCACACAUCACAACCUGUUAAAUGUGCAGCCAUGGGUGGCAGACACUUCAGGAGUUAUGAUCAACAUAGCUUUGACUUUAAUAUUGGAAGCUGCCGUUAUGUUCUAUUCCAGUUUUGUGACGAGGAAGAGUCUGACCCCACUGUUAUUAUCCAGCGAGGACAGCUGCACCUCAGGGUCCGAGGAGUGAACGUGACUUUGGCGAUGGAGCAUUUGGGAAAAGUAAAGAUUAAUGGUGUUUUGAGGGGUCUUCCUGUCCAGCUGGAUCACAUGGCAAUACGGCGUUCUGGCUUGCUGACCCGUGUUGUUGUAGACACAGGGGUUGUUUUCACUUAUGGAGGACCUGAUCUGACGCAAAUAAUGAUCCCCGCCUCUUAUAGAAAAAUAUGUGGCUUGUGUGGAAGCAUCCACGCUGUUGCUACAGAUGACAAACGGAGCCCGAAUGGCAGCCUUGCAAGUGAUGUUUCCAUCUCUGCAUCUUCCUGGUCACGUUCUCCACCUGGAACAAACUGCUCUAAAGAAUGUGAUCGCUGUUCAGAGUGCAACUCUACCGUGGCAGCAGAAUUUGCAUCUGUUAACUUCUGUGGCAUGCUGCUUGCUCCUGGAGGAUCAUUUAGUCGAUGUCACUCUACUGUGGACCCAAAGCCCUUCUUUCAGAACUGUGUGAAUGACUUGUGUAUGUCUAAUGGAAAUGAAAAAGUGUUUUGCAGUAGUUUGAGAGACUACACUUUUGCAUGCCAGGAGGCAGGAGCUAAGGCCAAACCAUGGAGGGGUACGAAGUGCUCACUCUCAUGCCCUGAAAACUCUCACUAUAAUAUAUGUGUCAGUGCGUGCCCUGAGUCCUGUGGUAUUUUAUCCAAUAUCCCAUGCCCACUGCUCAGCCCUGCAUGUUCUGAGGGAUGCCAAUGUGAUUUUGGAUACAUGCAGAGUGGAAAUGGCUGCGUCAAAGCUGAGAAAUGUGGUUGCUUAUACCUUGGGCACUACUAUGAGAUUGGGGAGAUAUCGUGGACUGAGGGAUGCUCUGAGCGGUGUAACUGCUCUGCUGCUGCCGAGAUGAGCUGUGAGCCAGCCUCGUGCCCUGAGGGAGAGAACUGCACCCUUAACGAUACCUGGGGCUGUAGAGGGAAAGUUUUGCAACAUGAUACACGGAGCCCACCUCGGCAAACCCAGUGUUUGGUACUGGGGGGAGCCCACUUCUACACUUUUGAUGGAAAGGUGUUUAAAUUCCAUGGAAACUGUACCUACACUUUGAUCCAUAUAUUAAAUGGCAUCAGUGACAUUACAACAUUUUGGGUCAGAGUACAGAAAGACAGGACCCCCAACGAGGCUUCCUCUCUUAAGGCUAUUCAUGUCAAAGUGGCGAAAGACUAUAUUACCAUCUACAGAGGGGAAAAAGGCUAUGCUUGGAUAAAUGGCGAGAAAAGGCUACUACCUGUGACUUUACAGUUUGGACGUGUGAAUAUUUAUCGGAGUGGCAUGUUUGUUGUUGUGGGUACUAGUCUGGGCAUCAAUAUUAAGUAUGACUGCUCUCAAAUUGCCUCUAUCCUCCUCUCUCGUACAACGAAAGUCCAUGGAAUGUGUGGGAAUAAUAAUGGCAUUGAAGAUGAUGACCUCAGGACCCCACAGGGUGAGGCUGUUAAUGCUACCACCUUUGGCUGGAGCUGGAGAGUUCCUGAUCAGGAAGCUUGGUGCACAGCAGAUUGUGGAGAUGCAUGCCCACGCUGCUCUGCUGUGCAGCUACUGGAGAAAAAUGUAGCCAGUCAAUGGCUCUCCAUGCACGAGUACAUUUGGUCACAACAAAAUCCAUUCUACCACUGCUGGGAAGUUGUUAACUACACUAAAAUAUCUGCCGCUGUCAGCAUGUUUGACCUGUGCUCUAGUAAUGACACUCAGAAGGCCCUCUGCCUGAUCUUGGAGGCCUCUGCUGCCGCCUGUCAAAAUGCCCAGAUCCAGAUAGGAGAGUGGCGGAAUAACACUUUCUGCCCCAUUUCCUGCCAACUGAAUAGUCAUUAUAAGUCCUGUGGCUCAGCCUGCCCUGCCACCUGUGAGGACUCAUCCAGUUCAAGACCCUGCACCCUGCAAUGUGUGGAGACCUGCCAAUGUGAUCCAGGGUUCGUCCUGGAUGGUGACAGAUGUGUGCCCUUGUCCCAGUGUGGCUGCACUCACAACGGCUUUCAUUACCACAGCAACCAGACCUUCUGGGUCGAUGAGGGAUGCACUGAACUGUGUUUUUGUGACCCCAAUACCCACCAGGCGCAGUGCCAUUUGGAUUUGUGCGCCCCUAAGGAAUACUGUGAUCUUCAAUAUGGAGUCAGAAGCUGUGUGCCGCAGCCCCUGCAGACAUGCAUGUACUCUGCUCAUCACAUAGUCACCUUUGACCAGCAUGACUAUGAUUUUCAUGGCACUUGUCGGUACCAGUUACUGGGCAUGUGUGCACAAAAACAAGGCCUUGGUGCCAUUCAGGUUCACGUACAGACAGAUGGACACCGAGAGUCAGCUCUUCAUGUUUUGGUCAAUGCGAGUGGUGUGCUUGUAGAGCUAAACAGCAAAAACACUGAGAGCAUAGAGGUUGAUGGUGUCAAGAAGAACAUGCCCUCUCUCUUCAGCUCUAAUGCUAUGGCUUUCUCUUUGGGGCGGCACACUUACAUCUACACAGACAAUGUCUUUGUAUUGAGUCUCAGCAUAGAGGGCAUAGUUAGCAUGUUUCUCUCCACUAAAUAUGCUAAUGCUACUUGUGGCCUGUGUGGUAACUUCAACUCUGACCCUACUGAUGACAUCACAGUAAAUGGCACACAGGAGCAUCUCGGUGCUGAGCAUUUUGGAAAAGCUUGGAGACGUGGGCAGAAUCCUUGGUGUGUGGAGGGCUGUCUAGGAGGAAGUUGUCCAACAUGUUCAUCUGAGCGUCUGGUCCGCUUCUCUGACCCGGAGUCUUGCGGGAAGAUUCUGGAAGUUAAUGGACCAUUCAGACAGUGUCAUGGCAAAGUGGACCCCUCCAGCUUUUACAAGCGCUGCGUCAGUGACCUGUGUCUUCAUGGAGGUCUCCAGCCUGCACUGUGUCACUCCCUGGCAGAGUAUGCUGCUGUCUGUCUUUCCUACAAGGCUACAGUUUAUGCCUGGAGGAGUCCUGGAUUCUGCUACCAGUCCUGUCCCUCCAGUACCAUUUACAACAUGAGUUCUGCCUCUGUUCACCUCUGCCUCGGCUGGGAGAAUAACACCGUAGAGAUGCCUCCAAACAUGGGGGAGAACUGUCUGUGUGAAGCAGGCUUAGUUCACAGUGGCAGCCUCUGUGUCACUCCACAAAACUGUGGCUGCUUUCACCAUGGAGAAUACUUCCCGGCAGGACAGGCGUUGUCUACAUGCAAGCAAAGCUGUUUAUGUCAUGCUGGGGGACACAUGACAUGUCAUAAUGUCUCCUGUGGAGAUGAUGAAGAGUGUAAGCUUAUUAGGGGUGUUCAAGGUUGCCACCCCAAACCCAAAGUGGCACACUGCUCUGUUGAUGGAUCCCAAUACACCACAUUUGAUGGACUGGCAUUUGAAUUUCAUGGUUCAUGUAACUACACUCUGGUGCAGACAUGCCUCAAUAAACUGAAUGUAGAGUCUGUUUUUAUAACUGCAAAGGGAAACUAUAGUGAGGGCAGGCAGAUCUACUUGCAAGUCAAUAAAAUGCAUUUCGGGACGUCAAUGGCUUUUUCUGGAAAAAUUGAGGUAAAUGGAGUUUAUGAGAACCUGCCAUUCUCCCAGAACAACAUCACUGUACAUGAGAAAAAUGGACGGAUAUACAUCAAAACCCCACAGUCUAUUGAGCUUAUAUCAGACUUGCAAAACCACAUUCUGGUUAAGAUCCCUGACAUUUACCACCAGACAACCUGCGGACUUUGUGGGAACUACAAUGACGAUCCCUCGGAUGACCUGCAGCUGCCUAAUGGCAGCGUGACCUCUGAUCCUUACAUCGUUGGGCUGUCAUGGAAGUGGUUUGAUACUGACUUAUCCUGCAGCGACACAUGUGACGGUACCUGCCAACUCUGCCUCUCCCCUAGGCCCGAGUACACCUCUGACAUGUACUGUGGCUUUCUCACCAAUCCCAGUGGACCAUUCUCCUCUUGUCACCAUUUAGUGUUACUGCAGAAAUACUACUCAUUCUGCAUGGAAAACCUGUGUGUUGCAGAGGGCCAACACUGGGCCCUGUGUGAUUCACUGCGGGCCUAUGAGGCCGCAUGUAAGGAGGCAGGAGGGGUGGUUGACCUCUGGACGAACACCACAAGCUGUGCUUAUCAAUGUCCUCAAUUCAGCCACUACAGCCAAUGUGUCAAUGUAUGUUCCUCACUGUGUCCGGAGAUUAACCAGGCAAUGCAGUGCCCCGGAGACUGUGAGGAAGGUUGCCAGUGUAAUACUGGGUACCUUUAUGAUGGCCAUGCCUGUGUACCAGCAGAGCAGUGUGGCUGCGUACAGGAUGGGAGGAGGUUUAAGGCCUCUGAGAGCAAACUGCUACAAACCUGUACUGUUAACUGCACCUGUGGGCCUCCCCUUGUCUGCAAGCAGUACUCGUGUCCUGCACUGCACAGUUGUAUAGUUUCAGAAGGAAUCUUGGGUUGUCAAAAGGAAGCAGAGCAAAACCCAGAUCCAUGUGAGGGAAAAUGUGAUGCAACGGAGCGAUGUUACCUGAGCAAUGGUGUGCCUGUCUGCGAGAGUCGUCGGGGUCUGUGCUGGGCAUUGGGAGGCAAUCGCUACCACACCUUCGAUGGGCUCAACUAUGACUUUAACGGCACCUGUACCUAUCUGCUUGCAGCCAGCAAAGGGGCAGCAUGUGGUCUGACACCUUUUAGUGUAUCCAAAAAGAAUGACAUCACUGUACACGUUUAUGGGUUCAUCAUCAAGCUCGGUAGCGAAAAGCGAAGCGUACAUGUUAAUGGUCAUGUGACUUAUAUUCCUGUUAAACUGUUGCGGGGUAAGAUCCAGGUUUCUUACAAAGAAGGCAAAGCUCUACUGACAACUGACUUUGGUAUGCAUGUAGUCUUUGACAAGUACUCCACUGUUGUUGUUACACUGGACCCACACUACAAGGGCAAAGUGUAUGGGCUGUGUGGCAAUUUUAACGGCGAUUCUGAAGAUGAGUAUUCUGUAACUACACCUGGUUCCCCUCCCAUUAAGACAAGUGUGGAGCUUGCUCAGGCUUACCGGCUUUUUGAUGGGGACGAUAACUGUUGUACUGGCUGUAACCUGAAACUGGAUGAAGAGAAUUUGCUUACGGAUUCUGUUAAUGACGCUGUCUGGCGACCGUGUGAAGUGCUCAUGGAUCAGAAUGGUCCGUUGUCCCACUGUCAUAGUCGAGUCCGUCCGGAUUCAUUCUAUGAAAGUUGUGUGGUCGACCACAAGCAUAGCAAAGGGUCAAAGGUUUCUCUUGACCAGGCCAUGUAUUCAUAUUCCUUAGUUUGUGAAGAAGCCAGUGAUGGCUACCACGUUGGCGUGUCGGCUGAUGUGCACUGUGCACCAAACAGCCACUACAAGACCUGUGGCUCGGCCUGCCCUCCAUCCUGUGAAUUUAUUGCCGCAGUCUGUAUCCAGGUCUGCGUGCAGGGCUGCUUCUGUAACCCUGGUUUCAUUGAGAGUCAAAUUGGCUGUGUGAAACCAGAUCAGUGUGGCUCCACAGACUCCAGAGGCAUAUACCACGACCUCAACUCAACUUUCUGGAUACCGGAUGACUGUGGUCAGCUCUGCAUCUGUGGACCGGCUACUGGAGAGAUCCACUGCCGCCCAAACCAGUGCCCCAGAGAAAUGGUCUGCAAGCAGCAGCAGCACAAGAGGCUGUGUCAAUCUGAAAAGCCCCAGAACUGUACCAUUGUUACUGGGCUUCAUUUUAUGACCUUUGAUGGACAUCAUUUUGACUUUAGAGACAGUUGUGCGUAUUCUUUGGUUCAAACAAAGGCCAACCUUACUGGACUAACAUCAUUCAAUAUCACCAUCUCUGAUGCAAGUUGCCACAAAAGGCUUUUUCAUAGCCUUGAUUUGACACUCUCAAUCUAUGGUCUGGAGGUGGUGGUGAGAAAAGAUGACUCAUUUGUUUUGAUUGAUGGACUGUGUAAGGCCUUGCCAUACUCUCACCCGACAGGCCACAUAAAUGCCUACCGCACACCUUCAUCUAUCAUCAUUCACACUGAUGUGGGAUUACAGCUGAUUGUCUACAACACCGGCACAAUAAGGGUUGUCCUCCCCAGCAGUUAUGGCUCUUCCGUCUCUGGUCUUUGUGGAAAUGCCAACAUUGAUCCUCAUGACGACCAAAUGAUGCCUAAUGAAGAGCUUGCCCAAACUCGGCUAGAGUUUGCCCACAGCUGGAGGUCUCUGGGAGCAGAAGCCUGCAGGUCCACCUGUUCCUCCCGACAGAAGCAUUGUCCUGUUGAGACGCGGAAGCUUUUUGAAGGCAGCGAUUUCUGUGGGGUGUUGUUGAAUGAGCUAGGGCCAUUUGCAGACUGUGCUCUGGUGUUGAGUCCCAAGUUUUACUUCCAUAUCUGUGUAACGGAUUCCUGCUCUUUUGACGGACACUACUCGGCACUCUGCAAAUCCAUUACAUCUUAUGCUGCUACCUGCCAAGCAGCUCAGCUCCCAGUCAGGCAGUGGAGAAGUGACACUUUCUGUAGUUUGUCAUGCCCUAAGAAUAGCCACUAUGAGCUGUGUGGACCUCAUUGUCCUGUUGUGUGCCUUGGACUGUCCUCCCCAGCAAACUGCAGUGGAGGUUGUGAGGAGGGCUGCCAGUGUGACCCUGGCUACGUGCUGAGUGAUAGCCAGUGUGUGCUGGUUUCUGACUGUGGCUGUGUGCAUGAGGGACAGUAUCGCCCUGCUGGCCACUUCCACUCUGAGAAAAGCUGCCAAGAGUGUAACUGCAAUAGAGGACAGGUGACCUGCAGCCCCAUGGAAAGCUGUUUGGUAAACGAUGGCCAUGCUUUGCCGUAUGGAGUGUGCCAAGUGUUUGCUGGCUUUGGCUACAUCACUUUUGAUGGUGUUGUUCUGCCUCACCACGGAGCUUGCACCUAUGUAGUGUCGGCCCUCUCCUCUAAAGCCUUGCAUGACUAUACUCUGCUACUUGGCUUUAAAAACGACGGGAAUGGAACUUUCACAAUCGGCAGACUAGUAUUUAAUUUGCAUUCAAUGGAAGUAUACAUAGACCCUGAAACUCUAUGGAAAAUAAAAAUAAAUGGAGAAGAACACAGAGUGCCUUUUGACAAUGGAGAACUUAAAGCAUACCAAGUUGGCAACAGAUUGAUUAUCAUCACACCAUCUGGGGUGGGAAUUGACUUGUCCUCUACCCAAUACCUCAGGUUAACUGUACCACAGGUAAAUGAUGCCACAGCUACGGGCCUCUGUGGGAACUUCAAUGGGGACAGAUAUGAUGACUUGGAACUGAGAAAUGGCCAUCUUGCCGAGAGCUUUGCAGAGCUCCUGCGCAGCUGGGCAGCUCCUGGACAGCAUUGCACUGACACUUGCGGGAGAGAGUGUGACGAGUGCAGGCCGUCCCCACACGACAGCAUGACCUGCGAUAGCCUGUUGAUCAAUACUGUUGAAUUCCACCGGUGCUGGAACAGUGGUGUGGAGCAUGAUAUUUACACACUUCUGUGCAAAAGGGCAGUUUGUGCCAGGGCUGGGCACAUGGCCGCAUGUCUAGCACUGGAAGCAUAUUCUGCAGCCUGCCAGGCUAAAGGCAUAGCAGUGGGAUCGUGGAGAGAGAACACUCAUUGUGCUCUCCAGUGUCCUGACCGCAGUAGCCCAAGUCAGUGUGUCGAAUCCAGCGCCAACUCAUGCCCUGCUGUGCUCCAGCCUGGUUCUUCAGCAAUAGGCUGUUCAGAAGGCUGCGAGUGCCACAAUGGAAAUGUGUUUGAUGGGGGCGAGUGCAUACCUUACAGUCGGUGUGGGUGUGUUCAUCAUGACGUGUAUAUCAAGAUGGAUGAGCAAUUGUACACUAAGGACUGCACCCAGAGAUGCUGGUGCCACCCUUUGGGUGGAGUGAUAUGUGAGGAGGCAGGCUGCAGUUUGGAGCAGCAGUGUGCUCUGAGGAAUGGUUCCUGGGGCUGUCAUGAUCGAGCUGACAUUUGUGAGCUCAGGGGAAACCUCCAAGUCACCACACUCAGUGGUCAGCAGCUGAGCUUGAAACCUCUGUUAUCUUACAGUCUGAUGUCCCUCUGUGACAAAGCCAGUGUGCACUGGUUCAGCCUGAUCUCUUACCAUGGACUCUGUGAUGGUAGCUCUUCCAGGCUUGUCACUGUGUUUCAAAUCCUCGUGCAUGGAUCAUCAUUUACCAUACAGGAAGGCGUAGUGAAGGUGAAUGGACACUUUGUGUCCCUCCCUCACAUCUUGCCAUCAGGGGUGUGCCUGUCGUCGGGUGUGAACCAGGACAAGUCAGAGAUCACAGUGAUCCUGACAAGAGAUGCUGGGAUGGAGUCAGAGCUGGAGAUAGAGAUUGGUGUUACCAUGGUGACAGCCAAGGUCCCUCUCUGGUACUCGGGCAAAUUGUGUGGCCUCUGUGGAAACCUUAAUAAUCUCCACUCACGCAAUUCAGUCAGGUCAUGGGUUCUACCUGAAUUUCCUGGCUGUGGCUUUACUGGAUGAUGUCCUGCGUUGGUUGUGUAUUGUUGAAUGUUUGAAUAAAAACUUUUUAAGAGCUUU